UAGUUCUUGACAUUGCCACAUGUUUGAUCAGGCGAGUACCUUGGGGCAGAGCCCGCGCUGCCGUACCUGAGCCCCUACAUGCGCGGCGAGAACCUGCUCGUCAGCGCCAACUUCGCGUCCACCGGCGUCGGCAUCCUCAACGACACAGGCGUGCAACUCGUGAACAUCAUCAGGAUCGCCCAGCAGCUGCAGAACUUCCAGGACUACCAGCAGAGGCUAGCGGCGUACGUCGGCGAGGACGCGGCGAGGGAGCGCGUGAGCCAGUCGCUGGUGCUCAUCACGCUUGGCGGCAACGACUUCGUCAACAACUACUACCUGGUGCCCUUCUCCGCUAGGUCCCAGCAGUUCGAGAUCCACGACUACGUCCACUUCAUCAUCUCCGAGUACAAGAAAGUCCUCGCGGGUGAUAUGGAUGAAGGAAAAGAGGCCAGCAGUGCUGGGCUAAACAAUUCAGGGAGGUAUUGGAUUGGCCUCUGUAGAAACUAUGGUAAAGGCACCUAAUCUUGGGCCCCUAGAAGAAGGAAACUCAACAUGCAUGGUUCUCAUUAGAGGCAACCAGACCAUUGUUGAAAAUAUUGAUGAUUCCUGUUGUGUAUUCUCAAGGAAUGGUCAGGUUUAGUACUGACCGAUGCGGUGCGUAGAAGAAAGGUGCUACUUUCACUUAGUUCUCUCAGUUCUAAGUUGGGACUGCAAAAAUUUGAGGAUUUCCCCACAUAGACCUGAAGUUUCUGCUUCUAGCAUUUCUCUUUUGUAAGCAGCAUGGCAAACCCGGUUUCAAAGUAAAGACCUGAGGAAGAAUGUGGAUUGAUCACUGUGAUUUCAAGUCCUUCAGAGCUGGAGCUGCUAAGACUUGAGACAGAUAUAUACAGGUAACAGGGGCCUACAAGAUCCAAUUCAUGUUUGACAGUUCGUCAAAAUAAACAAGUAGUAUUGAUGGGUAAAGAAGAAACUGAGGCACAUCAAUCAAACGCCAACCCACCUGCUAUUGGCACUAAAUGAGGAAGGAAAAAGAACAUUGUCCCUGAAGGCUCGAGACACACAAACAGGAAACUGAGUUUGGGAAAGGUGGUUGUCUCCUUGAUGCACACCAUGGUGCCCUUGUCUACUCUCU